AUGUCUUGUAUAAAUAAAUUACCACUUUUUAUUAUAUUAAUAAUAUACGAAACCUUAAAUAAAAAUUGGGGAGCAAAAAAUUAUUAUUCCCAAUUGAAUAAGGGAAUAUACCCAAGAUUAUUAAAUGUUAAGUGUAGAGCUGGUGAAUCACUUACUUAUGAUUACAAGUGUGAUAAAUGUAAAGAGGGAUUUUUUAAUUUUUCGAGAGAUAACAAAAAAUGUUCACCUUGUCCUAUCGGUACUUUUAGCAGUUAUGUGGGUUCCAUAAUAUGUGAAAAUUGCCCAUAUGGAUCUACCACAAAGAGCAUUGGAUCAAAAUCCAUAUCAGAUUGUGUCUGUAAUAAAGGUUUUAAAUUAAGCUCAUAUUUAAAUGGUGGUAAUAAAUGUGUACCAUGUAAUUCACAAGAAUAUUGUAAAAGUAACGAAAACACAUGGUGUUUUCGUAACAUGUGUUUGAAAGAUAAAAAUAAGGAAAACAUAAAAUUAUGUAAGAAAGUGAAGAAGAAAUCCAUAUAUAAUUAUGAAAUAUUAUGUUUUAAAAAGGGAGUGUGUUUAAAUGUGAAGGAGAAAAAUAGUUGUCUGGAGGGAAAUAAAAUGAUACAGUGUAAAAUUUGUGAUGAAAAUUAUAGAUACAACUUCCUCGCUCCUUUACAACAACCUUGCGUCCUUUGUAACAUGAGUACAUAUUUUAUAAUAUUCUUUUUUGCUAUAUUUAUAUUUGUCAUUAGUAUAUUUAUAGCUAUGUGUAUAAAUAAUGAGAAAGAAAAAAGUAUAAUACAAUUAUUUUUUACCUAUAUCCAAUUUGUAUCACUACUUAGGUAUGUUAAUUCAAAUUAUGAUCACUAUCUUGUGAAGUUUUUGUAUUUUUUUACAUUCGGCAUACCAAUUAAUGAAUUUCUUGACUGUGUCUUUAAAAGAGGAAGUAAUUUAGAACGGAUUCAAAAAAAAAUCACCUUUCUAUUAUACUUACCUUUGUUAAUAUUAAUUUGUUCACUUUUGUGUACCUUUGUCAUUACCUUAUUUUAUAAGAAUGUAAAAAGACGUGAAGAUGUUACUAUAUGCCCUUUUGAUAAAAAUUAUAAACAGAGAAGCAAAAAAAAACAUAUCAAUAAAGUUGAUAAUUCAAAUGUGAAUAACAAUAAUAUAAGUGAAUAUAAAAAGAAAAAAGAUUGUAGUAAGAGAAAUGAAAUAAAUAUAAUAGAUAUGAAUGAUCGUAAGGAAAUGAACUUUUGUGAUUCUAAUAAUUUAUUUAUAAAUGAAAUAUCUCAACCUAAAAAAUUUCAUCAUAAUAUAUAUUCUGAUGAUAAUAUAACGAGGUGUAACUUGUUCAGUGCGGAAAACUAUGUGAGGUCCUUUUUGUUUUUUUUUAUAUUUUAUCACGAUUUGAUAUAUAUAGAAAUAAUUAAAUUGUGUGUAUUAUUUUGUUUAUGCAAUUAUGAUGAACAUAGAGAAGAAAGUUUUAUUAUAAUUGACGAUUCAAUAAAUUGUGAAGAUAUGAAAAGUUCUUAUUACAAAAUAAUGAUAAUUAUUAUAUAUAAUACAUUUAUGAAAUUUUUUUAUUUGUAUUUUUUUCAAUUACUUAGAAAAUAUGUGAAAAGAUAUCAAGCAGUUAUAGAUGAAUAUAUUAUUUUGCAACAAAAAGCAAAAAUUAUAAAUAAAAAGGAUACUCUUUUUUUAAUUAUAUUUAUAAUACUUUUUCAUAAGAAAUUUUGGAUUACUAUUAAUCCAUCUUUAUAUUAUAAUUAUAAAAAUGGUUUAUAUAAUAACAAUAUACAUAUAUUUCAGUUUAUGAUAAUAAUUAUUUCUUUUUCUAUUUAUGUAUUAAUCAUACAUAUAUGUGUAUAUGAAAGGAAAGACCCUCAUCGUUUUUUUUUUGAUAUACAUACAAUAGAAAAAGGAAAAAAAAAAAAAAAAAAUGUGUCUAAUACGAGAGAUUGUUUUGAUAAUGAUGAAGGAAAUAAAAUGUGUCAUAUGAAACUAUAUAGUUCUUGCCGUAUAAGAAAUAAUAAAUCUAAUAUUUGCCAUAGUGUGGAAAAAAACAAUAUAAAGGAAUAUGAUAAAAAAGAAAAAGAAAUAACAAAUAAAAGAAAUAACAUGUGGUAUCAUUUUUUCAUAAUUUUAUUUCAAAAUGUAAAAAAAAAAGAUACAUUUUUAUAUUCUUUUUCAUGUUUAAUAUAUACUACGAUUUUAUUAUUUUAUUAUACCUUUUUAUGUUAUGUUCAUAUAAAAAAUUUUAUAAAAAUCAUUACAAUUAUAUCUAUAUUGUGUAACAUAACAAUAUAUUUUGUUUUUAUUUUAUUCUUUUUGAUUAAUCAUACUAUAAAGAAGUAUAAUUUUUCAAAAAAAAUUAUAUAUAUUAUAAGUUUCGUAAAAAAAAGGAAAAGAAAAUGGCUAGGUAUAUACAGAAAAUUUAAAACACUUAUAUGGGGAAAUCGUAAAAAGAUGGAAGACACAUAUUCAAGAGUUAAGAACAAAAAAGGAAUAGAAAAUGAACAAAAAAAAGAACAGAAAUUAAAAAGCCUAUUAUUAAUGAGUAAUGUCUUAAAUUAUUAUACGGAUGAUGAGGAAUCUAUUUUAAAUACAAAAAAUAAUAACGUAAAAAAAAAGAAUAACAAUAUAUUUAUGGUAAAAAAAUGGAAUGUAAAUAAUAUAAAAAGACAUAAAUUAUUAAACAUUUCGGAAAUAUGGAUUCAUUAUUUAUAUAAUAUUAUUAGUCUAUCUAAUGAACCACAAAAAUGUUUAUCCAUUCUUAUAAAAUUAACAUUAGAAAAAAAAUACCCCCUUAUUUCAUUAAAAACAUGUAUACAUGUAUUAAGAAAAAAUCAUUUUUUUGAAACAGAUAAUUUUUUAAUAAUUCUAAAAAAUUUCUUAAAAUUUACAAAAAAGUUUGUAAAGGUAUUACGGAGGAAAAAAUAUGAACAAUCAUAUGAAUAUCUAAUCAUAUAUGCAUGGGGAAUGAGUAUAUUAAAUUAUGGCAAUUUACGAGAUAUAAAUUACAAUAUCUCACAUAUAUUAUUUCAUGUUUAUAGCAUAUUAAAUAAAUGUCGUUUUUAUAAAAAUAUAGUAGAGCAUUUUUUUAAUAUUUAUCCAUAUGUAAAUAAUAAUGCUAUGAAAGGAAAUAUGUCACUUAUAAAUAUGUAUAAUAAUAUGUGUAAUUUUUCUUUUGAUAAGAAUAAUUUAUAUGAGGAAGAGAAGCAAAGUCAAAAAAUAAAAAAUAAUAUAUUAAUUGAACAAAAUUUUUUAGACGAUAAUGUUAAUAUGGAUAUUAAGGAUGAUCCAUGUGAUGAAAUAGAAGACAUGAAUAUGUUACAAAUGUAUGGAAACUCAUUUUGUCAAUCUUUUAUGCCGUUAUAUAACCACAAUUUUAAUAGGAAGAAUGAUCAGAGUAUACAUAUGGAAGAGACAUAUAUGUGUGAUAGAGAAAGGUUCAAUUGUUUAGAUAAAUAUAUGUGCUCAAAUACAUAUAUUAAUAAAAGAAAUAGCGAAACUUUUGUAAAUGCUCAUAAAGGGGAAUAUAAAUAUGAUAUUUCAUCAGAUAUGAAUUUAAUAGAUUAUAAAAAACAAAGUACAAGAACAAAAAAUUUUAAAGGACAAAGAAUAUUUUAUCAUAUACAUUCUUUGUAUAUUAUCGAAUUGGCAAGAAUAUUUAUUCAUUGUUUACUAUUAGAUGUGAGUGAAUUUUUUUUUAAAAUUUAUCAUACACAUAUAUGUGAGAAAUAUAUUUGUAAUAAUUUGAUCAACUUAUGGGGAUGUUAUAGAAAUCAAAAUAUAUACAUGAAGAGAUUCUUUGAAUAUAUUAAAAAAGGAGAAUAUAAAAAUCAACAAAAUAUAAUUAGGUAUAAUAUAUGUUCAAUUAUAAAUGAAAAAAGGGAUGAUAAUAAUAAUAAUAUAGAUAAUACAGAUAAUAUAGAUAAUAUUUUAAGUAUAACCGAUUUCAUAAAUAAAAAGGUACUAGAUAUCGAUUUUUAUAACGAAUAUGAAAAAUUAAGUAAGAACUCCAAACAUUACUUUAUAAAUAUUUCAGAAGAAAAAGAUUAUUUAAAUAUUAACGAAUUAAUUAAUUUUUCGAAAGCCAGUGAUAAUAUAGAAGAGUUGAAGAGAUUACAAAAUAACUUAAUAGAAAAAAGAAAUAAAAAGAAAUUAAAAAUUUUUUCUCUCAUUUUUUGUAGUGCUAUGCCUGUUCAUAUUAUAGAUGAUUAUGAAAUGUAUUUAGAUGAGGAUGAUAUAAAAUUAAUAAAAGAAAGAAAAAGAAAUUUUAACAUUUUAUUAGAAAAUAUGAGUGAACAAAUUAUGGAUCAAUAUGUAAAGGAAAAUUAUAACGACAAAAAAUAUUAUUUUGAAAUGUGUAAUUAUGGUUCUUCAUUAAAUAUAAGAGGUGAAUUCCUAGAGGCGUAUUCAAAAAAGAUCGUUUCAGAAAAAAAUAAAAAUAAUAUUAAAGAGUUAAAAACAAAUAUAAUAGAUAUAAAACAUAUUUAUAAUAAAGGAGAUGAUGAAGAUACGGAUAAUUUAUUAAAUAUAAAAUAUAUAGAUAUAUUAAAUAAAAAUAAAAAUGAUUAUAUGAAUUAUCAAUAUAUAAAAGAAUAUAAUAGUUUAUUAUUAAUUCAUAAUAAUUAUAAAGGUUGUGUUGGAAUUACAGGAGAUUUAAAAGGAAUGAAUUUUUAUCAUAGCAAUGCUUCAAUUAUUAUAAAUCCUUGUAUCCCUUUACCAACAGAAUGUACUAUAGAAUUGUGGUUAUGUUGUAACCCUAAAAAGAAAUAUAGAAAUAUAUCCGGAAAAAAGUUUGCUUUUUGUGACAAAAAAGGUAACUCAUUAUUUGUUUUAAGUCUAAAUGAGGAUGGAUUAGAAGAUAUAGAGAUAUAUAUAACAAAUGUCGAACUAUUAAGUGAUUAUUAUAAGAAAAUGAAUUAUAUACAAGAUAUUAAGACAGCUACACAUUAUCAUAGGUUAAAGGACAUUUCUAAAGUUUUGAAUUAUAAUAAUGGUAUAUAUAUAAAAAGCAAUAUGAUAACAAAAAAAUGUAAAAAAUAUAAAAAAUAUAAAAUAUAUAAAAUAUAUAAAAUAGGUAAAAAUUAUAAUAUGAGAAAUAAUAUAAUAAAAAAAAAAAAGUGGAAUUUAAUUAAUAUUACCAAAUCUUCUCAGGGGCUCGUUUAUUAUAUCAAUGGAAAAUAUAUAAGUUUUAUUUCACAUGAAAUAUUAAAUAUGCAAAAAACAUUUGAAAUUUGUCUUUUUGGUAACUCUUGUUUUGGUAAUAAUAAUAUAGGUAUCUGUUCUUCUUUUAAAAUUUUUAAUUUUUUAAAUAAAGAAGAAAUAAAAUGUAGAUAUAAAAUUAUAAAAAAUAUAAAAUGUAAAGAAAUGUUAGGUGAUAACAUAAAGAUACAAGAUGAUAAUAAUAAUAAUAAUAAUAAUAAUUAUAAUUAUUAUAAUUAUAAUAAUUUUGUAAUUGAAGGAAUAGAUGUUCGGGAAACCAAACCUGCAGAAAUAAUAUUUUUAAUAAAUUUUAUUCAGUCAUCAAAAUAUACAAAUAGAGUUAUACCAUUUAUAAAUGAUUCAAAUUAUAUGUUAAAAAUAUACCAAUUAAAAUUUUUUGACAUAUAUAAAAAUAAUAUUAAUUUAUCUAAUAUGAAUUAUUAUGAAGAUAUUUGUGAUAAAUAUAAUGACUUUUCUGAAGGUACAAAGAAACAUAUUAUACAUCAUAAUAGUAAUCAAAAUAUUUCAUGUUGGCAAGAGGAAAAAAGUAAAAAUGUUGACAUGGUUAAAAAAAAAAAUAUAUAUAUAAAUUAUAAUAACGAUGAUAAUAUAAUAAAUAACUAUUCUUCUAUUGAUUGUAGAAUAAUUCAUAUAAAAAAUAAAGAUCAUUAUGGCUACAAUGUAUAUGUAAAAAAAAUUAUAGGAAGGCAAGAUGUACCAAAAAUUUAUGGGAUAAAUAUAUUUUCUCAUAAUUUUGGUCUUGCUUGUGAUUUAUCAAAAUUUUAUAAUUUAAUUAUUUCCCCAUCUUUAUCUAUAUAUAAUGAAUUACAAAAGACAUUAGGAUAUUCUAUUUGUGCUUGGAUAUUUUUACCAAUAGAAAAAAGUAUUUCUUAUUCUUCAUUAAUAGCUGGAAAAAAAGAUAUUCAUGUUUGUAUUUUUAGUGAUGAUAUGCUUUUAGGUAGUAUUCAAAAUUAUACUUCUAAAGGAAAUUUAUUAUUUUAUCAUUCUUCUGGAUAUAGCAUAAAAAAUAUGAAAAGAGGAUGGUAUUAUCUUAAUGUUAUUGGAACUUUACAAGGUCAAUAUUAUUUUUUAAAUGGGAAAUUUAAAGGUUAUCAUACAUUCUGUUCAUUUGAUAAUAUUAAAUAUAUAUGUAAUAGUAGUUUAUUUAUAAAUCCAUUUCCUUAUAUAUGUUUUUUAAAAAUUUUAAAUAAACCUUUGUCAAUGAAUGAAGUAUUAUAUGAAUUUUAUACUUUUUCUAAAUUAUUUAAUGAAACAUCUUACGAAUCUUAUAAUUUGCAUUAUAUAAUUCAUUUUUUAUUCCCAUAUUUUGAAUCCAAAAAUAAAAAUAAUAUUUCAUAUUCAUCAAAUGAUACUUCUUUGUGUAAUUCUUACGAUCAUAAUUGUUCUGAAGGAAAAUAUCUCCAUUUUUAUAUUACAGAAAAUUAUGAUGUACAUAUAUAUCCAAUUGAACAGGUGAAAAACUAUUAUUAUUCCGUAUCUCUUAUAUCUAUCAAAAAUAGGAAAUUAUAUUAUUUUAAUAGUAUAAAUGAACAAAGCAACAAUCUAAAUAUACAUUUGAAGAAUUAUAUAAUAUUGCCUGAACACCAUUGGACCAUUUUAGCUGUAAUUAACUUAACUCACAUUAACAAGUUAGGUUAUCAUUGUUUAGUAGGAGGGACAAAUGGAAAUUCUCACAUAUGUAUAAAUGGUUUUGAUUUAUCGAUAGGUGUUUUAAUAAAUCUCCAGAAUGAAUAUAUAUAUGAAGAACAAUUAAGUUUGGAGGAUAGUUUUACAAGUAUUUCUGACACUUUAAAUGGAUUCAGUUUAUUGAAUGAAUAUAUGAAGGUAGAUAGUAUUACAAAAGAAAAGAAUAAUAAUAAUAAUGAUGAUGAUGAUGAUGAUUUAUUAUGUAAUAGCUAUGAUAAAAAAAUUAAUAAGUACAACAAUAAUGUUUCUGAUUUUGAUAAUGUUCAUAUAAGAAAUGCAAACAAAUCAUAUUCAACAUUUUGUGGUUGCGGAUAUAAUUUACAAAAUGAAUUAAAUAAAAAUAUAUUAAUAACAACGACGUGUCGAAAUUAUGAACAAACAUUUUUUAUUAACUCUACAAAAGUAGGUAUAACCCAAGCAUGCUUAGACCCUAUAACAUGUAUAGGUAAUUGUGCUUCUAUAAAUAAUGAAUUUCUUUCUCCUUUUGGUUCUUAUAAAUUUUUAAGAAUCAUUUUUGACUACGUUAGUGAUGAGCAAAUAAGACAAUUUUAUUAUUCCCUUAAAUUAUAG